AUGAGUGCGGCGAACGAUGCUGCCAACGGAGCAGCAAAGGCAGAUGAUGUGGCUGACGACUGGGAUGCUGACUCGGACGAUAGCUCCGAGGGUGUCAACGAUGGAAACGAGAAGGACGAUGUUGAGGACGACUCUGACGACUCUGACGACUCUGAUGACUCUGACGACUCUUCGGCCGGAGGCGAAGUGAACGAAGCCCAGGAGAGCGAAAUACUGAGUGCCUACCGCAAGCUGCAAUCACGAAGAGUCGAUCUGGUGGGCGACUAUGCUGGUGACGAGCUCUUUCUAAUCGAAGGCGAUUCCAUGCUGUUACGGUGUUUCUCGGACUCGAAGCUGGACUUCGAAGACGGCUUUCAGAUGCUCCAUGCAGCCUACAACGUCGAGCAUUUCUUGCAUAAUCUCGUCAAGCGCAAGUGUAACUUCCACAUCGUCUUCUUCGAGAGCAACAAGAAGGUUUGCGUGCCACCGACUGCAAGCGAGCAGAAUGCAUGCAAGUACUAUCUAGCCCGCACGGCUAUCAUUCGCCACCUCGAGGCAAACCUACCUGGCUCGCAUCCGGAUGUAGCUGUUAAGGUGUUCUCGGACUAUGGCUCGGACGAUUUCAACAGGUAUCUGACGGCUACCGGGCCCUACUUUCUGGCCAUUCACGACGGAGCUUUACCGUUAGAUCGCAAAGGCAAGGCGGUCAGUGAUGGCGUAGGCGAGGCGAGCCCGAGCGCGCAGCGAGUGGCCCUUCGUCUAAUGAUUCUUACCUUCAUUUCACGAGGGUACAACAUAGCAUUGGUGAACGGGUUGGAGUGGCGGGACACGAAGAUAAUGACGAUGGUGCUAGAGAAACGAGGAUUGGUGAUGAAACGAUCUGCGGCGCCAGCUCCAAGUGAAGAGCGGACUCUGGACGCAUCCAGCGAGAUCUCCAAGUUACAGUCCUUUGCUGAAGACUUCUCGGACCGCCAGCGCCUGGCUGUCAUAGCUGUCAGUAAGCUCAUGGCUCAUCCGCCACCAGGCUUGCAACAGCCAGAGCUGCUGCCCCAGCUAUGCUGCGUGUUCUUACUGCACGAAGCCUUGAUAGCGCAUCUCCCUCUCUCAGCACGGCGACUGAGCACUACCAAGGGCGCUAACGAUGCUCAAAAGGCGCUGCGCAGCCUGACCAUCAUUUCUGAGGCGAUCCUACGCGGUUCCAGUCUCGGAAGGGCUUCCGAAGCUCAAGCGUCCAAGAACGAUCUCGUCGAUUACAUCGAUGGGCGCCUAUUCCUCCAGCUCACGCAAGCCCCUCCUUCGCCAACCGGCAAAGUACAAGAAACGUUCGUGAAGCUGCUGAAUGCGGUCCAGCAUCUCAGCAAUGAGAAGCUUGAGCUUGGUAAGGCCGAUGCUCCGCCCGGUAGCCAGCCGAUAGGUAACGCUGCACAGGGCGAGAGCAAGCACAGCGACAUUGCCGUGUUGCCUUUCUCCAACCCGGUCUUCGACAAGCACUUGGAACCUGUGCACCUCAAGAUUGACGAAAUGGUCGGCGACCAGCAAAGCGCAUCUUCGCACCGUAUCUUCGUUGAAUUGACACACUGGCAUAACGCAAAAAAACCACUCAUACGGAGAGGCCCGCAGACUGCCAAAGAGAAGAAAGACGAGUUCUGGAAGGCCAAGCGUGAGCAGCUGUUCAUGGCUGAGAUGGCAACCUACGCUGCCAGCUUAACAAAUGCUGUUGGCAGAAGCCUUGACCCGGAGACUAUCAUCGUUGGUGCGACGAAGUCCAGCGGUAGAGAGAUGCCGACUGAGACCGUCAAGACUACUUCCAAGAAAGGGGCCAGCCAGUCUCCGGCCGAUUCGGAUGCUGAUGACAAGACGUCCUCGGCGAAGGGCAAGCCUGCUAAGAAAGCUGGUGGGGGUGGCAAAACGGCCCAGAAGAACGCUGGAAAGCAGGCUAUGCUCGCCCAGAUCGCCGCCUCGAAAGCCAAGAAGAAUGUAUCCUCCGGCGACAAAGUCAGUAGCGCUUGGCAUGUGGUUUGCAACAACUUCGAAGCAGACAGCGAUCCGCGCUCGAAGUUCCGUAAAGCCAAGCAGUACCUGAGUAGCCUGAGGUCCGACUGGACAGAAGUCGUCGAGGCCGAGUGUCGGCUGUACAUGCUCAACUGCGUACUGCAGUAUUGGAUUGAGGCCUGCCGUCGCAAAGAGCAAGAGCGCAAGACUGAAGUUACCGCCAUGAUCUGGAAUCUCGCUCGUGAGGUCAUGCGCAGCAAGGGUCUCACAAACAACAUCAUAUCCGCCGUGGACCUCACGCUCAAGACGUUAAGCUUACCGGAAGUGCCGCAAGCGGAGGCUUCUGCCGAGAGGAAGCUUGGCUUUACAUUCGCCCUGCCUGCCAAGGUGGACUCACUUGCGGUUAAACUAUCCUCGAAGGACUUCCAAAUGGAAUACUGCGGGCCGUACCUCGAGCGUAGCUUCGACUCCAAACCGGACAGCAGAGUUGAGUUCAACCCGGACGGCUGGCAGCGAAAGGUACUGGAUGGCAUUGAUGCACAGAAGAGCGUCUUUGUGGUCGCACCCACCAGCGCUGGUAAGACGUUCAUAUCAUUCUACGCUAUGCGCAAGGUUCUUGAAGCAGACGACGAAGGAGUGUUGAUCUACGUCGCCCCUACCAAGGCCUUGGUCAACCAAAUUGCCGCAGAGAUCCAAGCCCGAUACAGCAAGAAUUUCAAAUACGGCGGUAAAUCAGUCUGGGCCAUUCACACCAGGGACUACCGCAUCAACAGUCCGACCGGGUGCCAGGUCUUGGUCACAGUUCCGCACGUCCUCCAGAUUAUGCUGCUAGCACCAUCAAACGCCAACUCUUGGUCAAGCAGAGUGCGCCGCAUCAUUUUCGACGAGGUCCACUCUAUCGGCCAAGCUGAAGACGGUGUUGUCUGGGAGCAGCUUCUACUGAUGGCUCCUUGCCCAAUCAUUGCGCUAUCUGCGACCGUCGGCAACCCGCACGAGUUUGGAGAGUGGCUUACUGAUACGCAGAAGGCCAUCGGCAUUGACUUGAUCACAGUACAGCAUCCAUACAGAUACUCCGAUCUCCGGAAGUACUACUACGUGCCGCCACAGAAGUUCGCAUUCCAUGGCAUCCCUGAGAGGUCUUCGUUCGGAACGCUAGGUCUAGAAGGUCUCACCGGGUUCCAACAUGUCCACCCUGUUGCUGGUCUGACAGACCGCUCUCGCGGUAUCCCUCAAGAUCUCGGGCUGGAGCCACGCGACUGCAUGGAGCUUUGGAGGGCCAUGGUCAAGCACCAGACCAGCGACUUUCCGGUGCCGAAGGAGCUUGACCCCGAAAAGGCUCUGCCAGCAGUCGCUCGGAAAGCCGACAUCUUGAAGUGGGAAAAAGACUUGAAGGUUGUCUUGCAGAAGUGGAUCGCUGACGUCGCUUCUCCUUACGAAGCAAUGGUGAAAGACCUCGAACGCCCCUUUAGAGAUGACAAGCGUGAACCGCUUCAGACCACGCAAGGGGAAGCUGAUCAGGAUAGCUCAGCUGCUAUUACGAUCUCCGACGAUCCCAUGCAGACCACGCUGCCGCUACUUUGCCGCUUGAACGCGCAGGAUGCCUUGCCAGCGAUCAUGUUCAACUACGAUCGCCACCAGUGCGAGAAGAUCUGCCAGACCGUCGUCCAGCAAUUGCAGGAUGCCGAGCUCAAGCAGAGGAAGAGUGGGCCAAAGUGGACCAAGACUUUGGAACGGUGGGAGCUUUGGAAAAAAGCACAGGAGAAGGAUGCCGCAAAGCUCUCCAAGGUCAAGAAGCCGAAGGGCCAGGAGGACGAUAAAGGCUCCAAGCUUGAUCAGGCUCGUGAUGCUGGCGAGACAGAGACCAGCAAGUGGGAGUCAUUCGAUCCAGAUGCACCGAUCGAGGGCUAUCAUUUUGCGGAUCAUACCAAGCUGCCGCUUUCCGAGCUUGGCAUCUAUGUUCGCCAGCUUGGUCGCCGUAACAUCCAGCAAUGGUUGAUCGACGCUAUGACCAGAGGGAUUGGCGUACAUCAUGCCGGUAUGAAUCGGAAGUACCGACAAGUGGUCGAGAUCUUGUUCCGGAAAGGCUUCCUCCGAUGCAUCAUAGCGACAGGCACACUUGCCCUUGGCAUAAACAUGCCUUGCAAGACAGUUGUGUUCUCUGGAGACAGCGUCUUCUUGACCGCACUGAACUACCGGCAGUGCGCUGGUCGGGCUGGUCGACGUGGCUUUGACUUGCUGGGUAACGUUGUCUUCCAGGGUGUGUCUCGCGAAAAGGUCUGCCGCCUGAUCAGCAGUCGUCUGCCAGACCUGAACGGCCAUUUCCCCAUUACAACAACGCUGGUUUUGCGUCUCUUCACCCUUCUUCACGAAUCGAAGAACAGCAAGUACGCUGUAGGCGCCAUCAACGCCCUGCUCUCCCAGCCAAGAAUGUACAUGGGUGGAGCAUCGUUCAAGGAGCAGACAAUGCAUCACUUGCGGUUCUCCAUCGAGUACCUGCGCCGGCAAAAUCUUCUUGGAGCGAACGGCGCGCCGCUGAACUUCGCUGGUCUCGUCAGCCAUCUCUACUUCACCGAGAACUCCUCGUUCGCCUUCCACGCUCUCAUGAAGGAGGGCUACUUCCACGAGCUUUGCGCCGGGCACGAGAAGAACGAGAAGAGUACUCUCGAGACUAUGAUGCUGGUCAUGGCGCAUCUGUUCAACAGGAUCCAGUGUCGUCAAGCAGAUCAGGAGUACCGUCAGAAGGUUGUAAAGCCGUCAUCAUCGAUAGUAUUCUUGCCGCCUAUGCCGGAAAAGGCGUCGAACAUCCUGAGGCAGCACAACCGGCAGACGCUGGAUGUGUACAGGACCUACGUCGAGACUUUCGUCGAGCAGCACAUCCACGACGAUGACAGUAAGCUCCCGCUGACCGGCGCGAAGGUUGGUUCUGCAGACCACGGUAGCGAGGCCGAGAGCGUAAAGCAUCUGCCGGCUGCCAAGAUCCGCUCUCCAUUUGUUGCGCUGUCUGGACCGGGUGAUGAGUUCGACACUAUCCAUGAUCUCUGCCAGACUACGAGAGAUGGUGUGUUCCUGGAAGAAGCCGUCAUCCCGCAUAUCGAAGUCUACCCCGACGAGGCGGAGCUCCCUCUCAACGCCUGGCUUCUCGACUUCUUCAAGCAUGGCGACGUAAUGACCAUCGAGAAGGCCAACGGUGUGCGCAGAGCCGAUAUCUGGUUCUUACUGAACGACUUCUCGCUCGUGUUGGCAACUAUCAUCACCAGCUUGCUCAACUUCAUGAAGCUGAAGGAGGGUACUGACAUGGACAUGCUUGAUAUCAUGGGCGAUCUCGACGCUCACGAAGAAGCGGAGGACAAUCAGAAUGCUGGCCCUGACGAGCAAAGCGAGAUGUCGGGACCUAGCGCAGCAGACUCCGGUGUCGCCAUGCUGCCCGAGCGACCAGCGGCGCGCCAGGGGGUGUCGACGAAGAAGGCGAGGAACACCGAGAGCUGGGAGGAGGUCGCCGACGUAGAGGAAGACCUCGACCGGCGCGAAGAGCGGAAAGCUGCGAACGCUGCCAGGCUGGAGUCAGAGGUCGGCGCUGCGUUGGAGAGUGCAGGAGGCACUAACGAAGGGCUGAAGGAUGUGCUGAAGGCGUUCCAAAAGUUGCACGCGGAGUUUAAUGUCAAGUUCAGGGCUAUGUGGGCUUAA